UGGGUUGGGGGCACAGAGCGGUGAUGGGGUUCCUGGCCACCACAUGCCAGGGCUGCACGGCUGCUGGCCAUCAGUGCACUCAGCAUCCACAAGCUUUUGUUUUCCAUGCCAUGAUCUGCCAAGUCUGCAGCAUGGCCACUUCUCAGCCCUGAGCCCAGGAAGUCCCGCAGCAGCGUCGGCAUUGUUAAGCGCUUACAGAUCCUAAUGAGCCCUUUGCGGGAGGAGGCGCAGGCAGGAGGUGUGGCAUGGCAGCGGGGCGAACCUGUAGAUCAUAACUGGAAGAAACACAUCUUGCGACAGCCCAGCUGAUCUCAGUCAGGCUGGGGAAGCACCGGGACAGCCAACCACAACCAAGCGGCACCGUGCACCCCCUCUGUGACUCGCCAGGCUCCACACACCCCCAAGUGUGUUUUGCCCAGGGACAGGACUCCCCAGCAUCCCUGCCACCACCAUAGUCCUGCAGGACAUGGCUGCCCAGAAAGUAGCCAUCGGUGGUGCCGGUGCCUCUGGCCUGUGCGCCCUGAAAUGCUGCCUGGAUGGGGGGCUGGAACCCACCUGCUUUGAGAGGAGCAGAGGCAUCAGGGGGCUUUGGCUCUUCGAGGAGUGCCCUGAGGAGGGCCGCGCCAGCAUCUACCGCUCUGUCAUCAUCAACACCUCCAAGGAGAUGAUGUGCUUCAGCAACUUCCCAAUCCCCGAAGACUUCCCCAACUACAUGCACAACUCCAAGAUCAUGGAGUACUUUCGCAUGUAUGCGCAGCACUUUGACCUGCUCCGCCACAUCCGAUUCAGGACCAGCGUGUGCCGCGUGUCCAAGCGUCCCGACUUUGCUGCCACGGGCCAGUGGGAGGUGGUGACGGAGAGCGAGGGGAAGCAGGAGGCGGCCGUCUUUGAUGCUGUGCUGGUGUGCACUGGGCACCACACCGAGGCACACCUCCCGCUGAACACCUUCCCAGGAAUCAACAAGUUCAAGGGCCGCUACCUCCAUAGCCGAGACUACAAGGACACUCAGGAUUUCACAGACAAGAGGGUCGUUGUCAUCGGGAUCGGGAAUUCAGGGGCAGACCUGGCUGUGGAGGUCAGCCAAACAGCCAAGCAGGUCUUCCUCAGCACCCGCCGUGGAGCGUGGAUCUUCAACCGCGUUGGAGAUCAGGGCUAUCCCAUCGACACCGUUGCCAUCACCCGCAUCAACGCGUUCCGGAAGAAACUGCUGAGCCAUUCCAUGGUUAGCAACUUUGUGGAGAAGCAGCUGAAUGCCAGGUUCAACCACUCACACUACGGCCUGAAGCCAAAGCACAGGGUCUUUGACCAACACCCGACCAUCAACGAUGACCUGCCCAACCGCAUCAUUUCGGGAAGGGUGCUGGUGAAGCCAAACAUCCAGGAGUUCACAGAGACGUCUGCCAUCUUUGAAGACGGCACCAGGGAAGACAUUGACGUUGUGAUCUUCGCCACAGGAUACAGCUUCUCUUUCCCCUUCCUCGAAGGCUGCGUGAACGUGGUGGAGAACCAGAUCCCGCUAUACAAAUUCAUGUUCCCCCCUGAUCUGGAGAAGCCGACGCUGGCUUUCAUUGGCCUCAUCCAGCCUCUGGGUGCCAUCAUGCCCAUCUCUGAGCUCCAGUGUCGCUGGGCCACUCGCAUCUUCAGGGGGUUGAACAAGCUUCCCCCACAGUGCUACAUGGAGGCGGACAUCAAGCAGAAGAGAGAAGCGAUGGCAAAACAGUACGUGAAGAGCCAGCGGCACACCAUCCAGGUGGAUUACAUCCCCUACAUGGACGAGCUCGCCUGCCAGGUGGGGGUCAAGCCCAACCUGCUCACCCUCUUCCUCAGCGACCCCAAGCUGGCGCUGGAGGUUGCCUUCGGGCCCUGCACGCCAUACCAGUACCGCCUGCGGGGCCCGGGCAAGUGGGCCGGUGCCAGGGACGCCAUCCUCACCCAGCGGCAGCGCAUCAUCAAGCCCCUGCAGACGCGGCAUGUGGAGGAGCACCUGUCGGCUCCCAGCAUGCCCCUCCUCUUCAAGCUGGUUGGAGCCGUGGCCGUCCUUGCCAUCGGUUUUGCCUACUUGUAGGUGCCCCACAAGUGUGAGAAGGGAUGUGCUGGCGGGGCGAGCUGUUCAUCCCCUGACCCAUAGUAGCCUGUGCACCCCAGUGCUGGCAGGAUCCCUCCUUCUGCCCCGCGUGGCCCCGCUGUGGCCAGACCACAAACCCAAGAUGCACAGAGCCUCCCCAGCUCGUGAAAUAACACCCCAGUGCCCGGUCUGCGCCCUUCCCCGGGAAGCCACAGCCAGGGACAGAGGAGGAAACCUGCUCACACACAUAGUAAAACCCAGUUCCUCUCAGCCUGCUCUUUCAACCCAGUAGGGACAUGCCACGUUUUUCUGUCGCCUCUAACCCAGCCAUGCCGCCACUGCCGCACUCACACAAGAGCUGAGCGGCAAAGGCACAGCAGACUCCCUAACUGGAUAAACGUGUUAAACAGA